AUGAUAUCAAAGAUUACGCCAGUUAAAGUUAUACAUUUUACGAAAAUUAGCGUGGCCUUAGCAUGUGCUUGGCCACCACCACCGAAUGCAACGAAAUCUGACAUUGUUUCGUUUAAAAUUUUGUGGCACGUGUGUUACUUGAGCAAUAUCUUAUUGUUGUUACCGUUGCUAAGUUCAAUAUACGAAUAUCGUGACGAUCCCGUAAUUUUAGCAAAAUCAGUUUGUCUUUCUUGUGCAGCUAUUCAAGUCACAAUCAAAAUGAUGGUAUGCCGUAUCAAACAAGAUUGCUUCCAGAAUAAUACAUACAAAUGGUUAAUGCUUUACCAUGAAGUGGAAAUGUUUUGUAAACAAGCAAAUGAAAAGACAAAUAUUAUAUUGCAAUAUUAUGUUGACAAUUAUAAGCGUAUUUACGGCAUUUAUAUUUUGUGGGUAUACAUGACUGCUAUUGGUGUUAUUUUCGGACCAUUAAUCCUUCCACAGGAGUUUCCGACUUAUGCAAAAUACCCAUUUUCUACACAACCGCCAAUAAAAUAUAUUAUUUAUUUACAUCAAUCGUUAGUUGGCAUACAAGCUGCUGCUGGAAUGUGUAUUGAUUGCAACUUUGCUAUUCUUUUAUUUUAUUCUGUAGCAAGAUUAGAUUUGUUAAUCCAGAAAAUCCGCAAUGUCAAAAACGAAAAUGAAUUAGAUGAAUGCAUCAAACUUCAUGAUGAAAUAUUAAGAUAUACAAAUAAACUGAUUAAUGUAGUAAGACCUCUGAUUUUUACUACGAUAAUGACAACAAUUAUAGGAGUUGUUUUUGGAGGGUUGAACUUGGUUACUGAACAACCAAUAAUGGUCAAAAUCCAGUAUUCUGUAGUAGUAUUCAUCGCUAGUGUAGAACUUUUUAUGUGCGCUUUACCAGCUGACAAUUUAAUACAUAUGAGUAGCAAAAUGUGUGAAGGAGCGUACGAAUCACAAUGGUUUCAAGGAAGUAUGAGCAUGCAAAAAAAAAUCCUUCAAAUUAUGUUCAGAUCGCAAAAACCUGAAGUUAUUAGCAUUGAUGGAAUUCUUCCUGCUUUGUCGUUUCGUUACUACGCAGGGUUUUUGUACACAUCUUGUUCUUACUUUACUGCUGUACGUAUCAUGGUCAAUAAAAAUACUAUAGAUUAA